AUGGAAGGGGAAUUUGAUAAAGAGUGUGAAGAAUAUGGAGGACGUUCUUCCGAUUUAAUGUUGCCCGUAAAACAGCAGUGGGGUAAAGCCAGAAGUCAGUUAGUCAGUGGGCUCGCAAAGAACAAACAAAAAUCAAUGAUGGAGAAAUAUGACAAGGUUUGGGAAGAAUUACAAAAACAGGGCAAAAUCCCUAAAGAUGAGGAGAGGAAGAAAUUGUCACCGUUUUUAGGAAAAACAGAAGAGCAAGCUAAAUUAGAAGUAGAAGAGCACAUGAAGGGAAAGAAAGGAUCACGGCCGCCUCCUGCUGGUCUUGAUGGAAAUCGCUGCAUCAGCUACUUUCUUGAGAAAACAAAAGCGAAAGUAAUUCCUCCGGAUCUGUCUCUUUUUGGUUCUCUGGAUCAGAGGGGAGAGCUUUGGCUUCAACAACAGCCCCCAGUUCCCACUCAGAUGGGGCAGAGUAUGAGCUCAGGAGCUGCAGCAUCCAGAUUGAAUGGGAAGCUGUUCCAGUGGCAGGUUCAGGAUGGGAGCCAGUGGUUAGAUGUGGCCCACGAUGACAUUAUCGAAGCACAGUACACACUGCCGAUGGUGGAAGGGAUCCGUCUACACACUGCCAGACACGGAACAAUCUAUCUGGACUUUGAUAAGAUGGAAAUUGUUGGCAGCAACUUGAAACUGAAAAGGCUGACCUUUCCACCAGCCCAGGGAAUGGAUGAAUACAGCUGGUAUUUUCUGGAUGACCAUUCCUGGAGGGAAUAUGGAGUUCAGGGCACCGGCCGCAAAACGGCAUUAAUCACAAGUCCCAAUAUCGAAUUUCAGUUCAGGACGGCUCCUCAGAACGUUUUCACCUUUAAUAUUGGAAGUUCAAAAUACACCAUUGAUUUUCAAGCAAUGGUUCAGACAAAUGUUCAAACAGGAAUGAAGAGAAAGGUCAGGAGGAGGUCGCGGUUUAUCUCUGAGAAUCAGAAUCCAAACAGCAUUUCAGGUGCAGUGGGUAACCAGACUGUGUCAAACCCUGUCACACCAUGCAGUUGGCAGUUCAAAGGUGACCAUGGCUGCUGGAUGGACUACAGGAGACUGGGUGAAAAUGGCAUUGUCUGCUCAAUAAAUAGUGAAGAUAUUGAACAGAGUUAUCAGCAGAACCCUCAAGGAUCCCUGCAAUUUACCGCUGGCCACUUCCAGUACAGACUGGAUUUGUCAGCCAUGACACAAAUCAACCUUGUAACUCACACCAGGAGAGCGGUAAGGCGUUUGCAAACUCCGAGCCUGCGGGGAGCUAAUGGAAGCACUGGAGGUAAUGGAUUGUGGCAGUUCAUGGAUGAAGAAGGGUUGUGGCAAGAGUAUUCACAGCCUGGAAUCCUCAAGUCAGUUUCCAGUCAAGACAUUGAGAAAACUUACCAGAUGAAUCCUCAAGGUUCCAUGAAGUUCUCUGCAGGAUGGUUCAUUUACAGUUUGGAUUUCUCAGCCAUGACACAGACCAAUUUGACAACCAGGAAAGUCAGACAAGUGCGUCGUCUUUGAAGGCAGAGCAGAAAGGCUUUAGCCACAAAGGAAGCCGCUAGGACUCCGAUCCAUAUAGUGUGUUCCAACAGGUCUCAAGUGAAAUUUGCAGCGUUCUCUCCUAAAAUGUAUAGUCACAGCCUGUUGGGAUUUCAGAGCAACAAAUGGACAUACAAAUAUUUCAAGAAUUUUGAUAAUAAGCCUCUGAUUUAUUGCCUCUCCAUCCCAGUUACAGAUGGGUUGAGGUAUUUAUCGAAUGGAGCAAGCACAGCCCUACGGGGGUCUAUCUGUUGAACAAACAGGAAGUGCCGAGGAAGUCUCUGUGGUGUUUAUCAGUCUUGAUUUGGCUAUCAAACCACAAUAAAUGGAAAGUACCAAGCUCUGUGAGGAUAACCAGAGACACCAAUGAAUACCAUUGAUAUCCACAAACCAAAAAUGAUUUUCUUUAAAUACAGGUCUGAUGCAGCAGAAGAGUUUAUCGUAUUCCAAACAAUGCAUAAUGAUAUACAUUCAUUUUAAAAAUUUUUUUAAAGAGAAAACUCAUUGUUUUAGUUUCUUUGUGAAUUGUUUUUGUUGCAAGGAAAUCUGGAGACCUGUUUGGAGAUGUGCAUUUUCAAUGAUGUUUUUAACCCUUGACUUGAAGAGUUUGGGGUUGGGUGGUUUAGUGCAUUUUGUAUAAAAGUGGGAAACCCUGCUGUUACCUAGCAACAAAGAUCCUGGGACAAAGACACAUUAAGAACACAAGUCAGUUAGUCUGUGCAUGGGUUAAACUUUGCAAAGUUUUGGCAAACUGAGUUUAGGGAGAGUCACGUAUUCACUCUAAAGUCGAAGUAAUGGUGAGUUUGAUUUGAAGUUUGUUAUGGAUGUUUUGGGGAGAUAUACCAGGUUAAAAAAAAACAUCUUGAAGAUUUUUCUAAAAAAAAUUAACCUAUUUAUACAUUUUAUGCUACACCUCCAUGGCUGGUGGGACUUGAACUGAGACAUUCUUGUCCAGAAAAAAGGACAUUGCUACUGCACCAUAAGAUCCCUCGGAGUAGCUAGUGAAUAGAGUCAUAGAGAUGUACAGCAUGGAAACAGACCCUUCAGUCCAACCCGUCCAUGCUGACCAGAUAUCCCAACCCAAUCUAGU